AUGUCUCAGCAGGACGGAACCCCUAGUAAUACUGACGAGUCACAGCAGGACGGAACCCCUAGUAAUACUGACGAGUCUCAGGAGGACGGAACCCCUAGUAAUACUGACGAGUCUCAUGAGGACGGAACCCCUAGUAAUACUGACGAGUCUCAGGAGGACGGAACCCCUAGUAAUACUGACGUGUCUCAGGAGGUCGGAACCCCUAGUAAUACUGACGGCUCUCAGGAGGACGGAACCCCUAGUAAUACUGACGUGUCUCAGGAGGACGGAACCCCUAGUAAUACUGGCGUGUCUCAGGAGGACGGAACCCCUAGUAAUACUGACGAGUCUCAGGAGGACGGAACCCCUAGUAAUACUGACGUGUCUCAGGAGGACGGAAUCCCUAGUAAUACUGACGUGUCUCAGGAGGACGGAAUCCCUAGUAAUACUGACAUGUCUCAGGAGGCCGGAACCCCUAGUAAUACUGACGUGUCUCUGGAGGACAGAACCCCUAGUAAUACUGACGUGUCUCAGGAGGACGGAACCCCUAGUAAUACUGACGUGUCUCAGGAGGACGGAACCCCUAGUAAUACUGACAUGUCUCAGCAGGACGGAACCCCUAGUAAUACUGGCGUGUCUCAGGAGGACGGAACCCCUAGUAAUACUGACGAGUCUCAGGAGGAAGGAACCCCUAGUAAUACUGACGAGUCACAGGAGGACAGAACCCCUAGUAAUACUGACGAGUCACAGGAGGACAGAACCCCUAGUAAUACUGACGAGUCACAGGAGGACGGAACCCCUAGUAAUACUGACGAGUCACAGGAGGACGGAACCCCUAGUAAUACUGACGAGUCUCAGGAGGACGGAACCCCUAUCGUUACUGACGAGUCUCUGGACCGAAAGCUGAUAGCAGACUUCAGGACCGUGCUGUCAUGGUUGUGUCCUUACGCAAGUUACUUUUCUAUGGCUAUGGCGUUGGCUUUCCACAGACAACAAGUUAACCAGCAAUAG